CGGCCGGCCGGGCCGGAGACCCGCGCGGGGGAGAAGGUGAGGGAUUCCGGCGGGCCGCUCCGCACAGCCCGGGAAAUGAGCGCUUGGAAACCUGCCUGCGAGCGGACCCAUGACCGAAGGACCAAAGGAGCCGCGUGAUCGCCAGACCUGGCCCCGCGACCCCAGACAUGGGCCAGACCUCGGUCUCCACGCUGUCCCCGCAGCCCAGCAGCGUUGAUGGACUGGACAAAGCUUCUCUAGGAAAUUCAGAUGGCCCAACAGCAGGCUCACAAACACCUCCCUUCAAGAGAAAGGGGAAACUCUCCACCAUCGGUAAAAUCUUUAAACCUUGGAAAUGGAGGAAAAAGAAGACCAGUGACAAAUUUAGAGAAACCUCAGCAGUAUUAGAAAGGAAGAUAUCCACAAGACAAAGUAGAGAGGAGCUGAUAAGAAGGGGCGUUCUUAAGGAGUUGCCUGAUCAAGAUGGAGAUGUAACAGUUAACUUUGAAAAUUCAAACGGGCACAUGAUACCCAUCGGAGAGGAAUCUACCCGGGAGGAAAAUAUAGUAAAAUCUGAAGAAGGUAAUGGCUCUGUAGCUGAAAAGGCGCCACCUCUGGAGGAAAAGGCAGAAGAUAAGAAAGAGAACACUGAAAACCACUCUGAAACACCGGCAGCUCCUGUUCCAUCUCCUCCAGCUCUUCCUAAGCCUAAACCCAAACCUAAGCCCAAAAAAACACCUGUGCCUCCAAAAGGGGCUGCCGCCGGGGUCAGCCCCAAGGGUGACGAAGUGCCUCCUAUUAAAAAAAUUACCAAGGCGCCUGGUAAGCAGGCCCCCAUCCCUCCACCCAAGCCAACGAGCCGAAACACGACCCGAGAGGCUGCUGGUUCCUCUCAUUCAAAAAAAACAACUGGGUCCAAAGCAUCAGCUUCACCGUCUACUUCCUCCACCUCGUCUCGUCCCAAAGCUUCAAAGGAGACACUUUCUAGCAAAACAGGGACAGUGGGAAUCACAAAGGCCAAGAAAAAAACUGGCAAGCAGCCAACCUCUCGACUGGCCUCGGAUGCAACCACGUCUGGCAUGUCCGACCUUAAAGGAGAACCUUCUGAGAUGAGGGUGGAGAGUCUCAAACCUGAGCAGACUGUCCCUGGGACCGAGGAGCAGACCACAGGCAAAUCUAAGUCUGCAGUCCCCCCACCUCCUGUGGCUCCACCACCUUCUCCUCCCACCCCUCCUCUUCCUCAUGAGGAGCAGUGCACUGUUGCCUCAGACACUCCUGUUGUCCUGGUCAGUGAUGGAGCUGACCUUCCCAUCCCUGCCUUAGAACCAAGUCAGCUUCUCUGGACCGAAGAGCCCACCAACAGAACCACUGUCUUCUCAGGCCCUGGCUUAAGUGUUAGCAGAGAAAAUGCAAAAUGUUUUACAACCAAAGAUGAUCCGGGAAAGGUAGCCCCUCAGCUGCUGACUCCUGGGCUGUUGGGAGAAUCUUCAGAAUCCUUCAGUGCCCCUGAGGACGAAGGCCAAAGGGAGUACCAGACCAAUGACUCAGACUCUGAUGGGCCCGUCUUGUACACUGAUGAUGACGAUGAUGAAGAGGAUGAGGACGAGGACGGCAGUGGAGAAAGUGCUUUGGCAAGUAAAAUACGACGGAGGGAUACUCUUGCUAUCAAACUUGGCAACAGACCAUCAAAAAAGGAACUAGAGGACAAAAACAUCUUGCAGCGUACAUCUGAAGAGGAGCGGCAGGAGAUCCGACAGCAGAUUGGAACCAAGCUCGUCAGGAGGCUUAGCCAGAGGCCCACGACUGAAGAGUUAGAGCAAAGAAAUAUCUUAAAACAAAAGAAUGAAGAAGAAGAACAAGAAGCAAAAAUGGAACUUAAGCGCAGACUCAGUAGAAAGCUCAGCCUGAGACCCACAGUGGCAGAGCUACAAGCUCGAAGGAUCCUGCGGUUUAAUGAGUAUGUAGAAGUCACCGAUUCUCCCGACUACGAUCGCCGGGCAGACAAGCCCUGGGCCAGGUUAACACCUGCAGACAAGGCAGCAAUAAGGAAAGAACUAAAUGAAUUUAAAAGCACAGAAAUGGAAGUUCAUGAAGAGAGUCGACAGUUUACAAGGUUUCACCGUCCAUAACGAAGUGUGAGACUCUUUGGAAACAUGGACUGAUCAUCUUUGGGGGAAGCCUCUCUUCCUGAAAACCUGAUAUUGCACUGGGAUUUGAAUGUGUGUGUUUCCGUUUAACUGGUGAAGGAAGUGUAUGGGAAGUGCUCCCCGCCUGCAUGGCCCAGGUGGGGCCAACAAGCAAUGGGAGGGGUGCAGUGACUCUGCUGUCCAGCAUGUGUAUUAAUGGUAAGCAACACCAUGGUCACACCAGUUAUUCGCCAUCAGGAGUUUUAAUCAAAGAAGAUGAGCAGAAGACAAUCGCUGGCUCCCUGUUACCAGAAAGCCAAAUUGUAGAGUACGGGUUAAAGAGAAAUCGGGGCCUGGAGCUGCUGGGCACGGGAAAGGGGUGGGGGUGGAAAAUCAGAAAAAAAGAUAAAUAUUUCAUUAUGUUAAUGAAGAAAAGAGAAAAUCAAAGCAUAAAUAUUUUUGAAGUAGGCUUUUGGUAGCUGAGAACUUACUAAGAUAUGGGAAUCUAAUCACCUAAUGUGGAUUCCUUAAAGACCUGAUCCUAGAAGAAUAUUCUCAUUCCACCGUUAUGUUGGUGCAGUAUAGUACCAUUAUUUUGCGUUGUGCCAGUGAAUCCAUUUGCCAGAAAUAAGUCUGAGUGUUUUCAUGCAUCUUUUUCUUAAAUGCAAGAGACUUUUAUUGACUCUUAACAAGCAUGCCUGUCCAAAUUUUGUUGCAUGUUUUAAGUAGCAUAGCUAUACACACUUUUUUUUUAUACUCCUUAUCUAAUGUACCAAACUUCUACAAGGAUAACAGGACUGGGAAUAAAGUCAGAUGAAUGUGAUCGUAUAAAUCUGUAGGAAGCUUUAGAAAUAAAUCUUUUGGUCCUUCCCUAGCUUGAUUAUCUUCAAAAUUGAAGCAACCAUACUUGAUUUAAGGAAGAUAGUAUUGACAAUCACAGCACGUUUUUUAAAAAUCUGAGUCCAAAGUUAAAACUUAAGCAAAUGCAAGUGUUCUGCCAGCAGUUAGUUCUGAAUGGGCAUGGAAAGGACUACUUAUUUUCAGAGCUGCAUUAAGUUAGAUUGCUGCUAUUAAAAAAAAUUAAGUAUGUGGAUCAAAAAAGUACCCGAAGGCUUAAAAGAACACAGAAAAUUCCUGCUAAGUUGCAAGUGAGGAGAACCUCAUUUUGUAUUUUAAGAGUCUGCAGAUUGCAUCCAUAAAUAUAGCAUUGACUUGCAAUGCAAAAGAAUGAGUGAGAUUAAAGGUUUCUCUGUGAAGGAAGGUUUCUCUGUGAGCCUAUAGUCAGUAUUGUUUACAUUCAGAAACCCUCAAUUGCCAUCUUGCUAUUUUCCCUGGAGUUGCAGGCACAGCCUGGCUUCUGCUCCCAAAUACCAGAUGUAAAUACUACCUUGCAUUCAGUUGUUCUUUCAUGAUUGUUUUGUGCUCCUUUUAUUAAAAACACAUGAGACAUACAAUAACAAGACAAGACUAGUAGACUUUAUUUUAUUCUCAGAGCUUGGGCUGGAAUUUUCUGAAGUGCUUCUGGUUCAUGAUUUGGAAGACUGUAAAUUGCAAUUUCAACCAAAAAAGCAAACAUUUACUCUGGUGGAUAAGUUUGGAUCUUGUCAUUCAUUUAUAUUUUAUAGAACCACUAAAAUUGGGUGAUUUUGCUUAAAAAUAAAAGGCUUUAGAAAAAGCCAGGACCAUUUUAUAUCUAAGAAAAGUAAGCAGCGUUGUUACACCUUUUGCCGUACUCAGCUCUAUGCAUAAUAAACCCAGAUUUUGCGCUGUU